AUGGCUCCCAAGGACACCGCGACCGUAUCCGAGGCCGACGUGCCCCUCACGACACUCGCCAAGAGCGAUAUCAUUCCAUGGUAUCGCAAGCCCAACCUCCAGUGCCUUUACGUCGUGUUCGUCCAAGCCCUGCCAGCUUGGAAAGCUUUCUUCGGUAACCCAGAAAUGGGUGCACUCGGCCUCCUGACGGCCAUGUACUCCCUCGGGGGAAUUUGUGCCACUCUAUUCAUUGCUUGGAUAAGCCAACGAUACGGGCGCAGGGAAAUCAUGCGCAUAUUUUUGCUGAUGCUCUGUGGUGGUGCGGCCAUGCAGGCCUUUUCCACAAACACUUCGAUGUUCCUCGCCUCGCGGUGGCUGCUGGGGUUUGGGAUCCCGUUCUCGCUGGUUAACAGCUCUGCUCUACUCGCAGAGCCGACCCAUCCCAAAGACCAACCGACGUUAAUCUCUCUUUUCAAUGCCACGUGGUCUCUUGGUGCAAUCCUGGCCGCCGCAACAACCUACGCCGCCUCGAACAUCGCCGGUGACUGGUCCUGGAGGCUACCCAGCAAAUCGUGCCGAGACCGCCAUGGGGAGGCAUGGAGCAUCAUGAUGAAGUACCACAAUGAAGGGACCAAUGGCCAAAAGUUUGCACGGAUAGAACACGAUCAAAUUUCCAUCACGCUCGCUGAAGAACAAAGGCUCAAGAGCCCAUUCAUUUUUGGGGAUAUCUUCCGGGAUGCGCCAAUGAGGAAGCGCUUCGCCAUCGCUGCUAUCAUCGGGGUCUUCGGCCAAUGGUCGGGCAACGCUCUACUCAGUUUCUAUACGCCGAUCAUCCUCGAUGCUAUUGGCAUCACGAACGGAACCACACAGCAGCUUAUCAUCCUUGGCCGGACAUGCUGGGAACUGGCCGUUGCUGUCCCUAUGUCGUUUUUGACACCGCGAUUCGCCAUUCCGCUGAGGGAGUUGAGACCGAUCCCUAAGGAGGCAUCGGAAGAGGACACGGAGGAGACGGAUUGA